CCUCCCCUCUCCAUCCCCCCCACUCCCCUGGACCGUACGGCUCCCGCACGCGCCACCUCCGAUCCCCACGCCGCGCGCCGCCAGAUCCGGCGCGCCGCCGCUCGCCGGAGACGCGAGGCGGGUCCACCAACCCCCGCCGCCGCUACGACGCGCUGCUGGGCGGAGGAGGGAUCGUAGGUCGUGGAAGGGAAGGGGGGACGGGGGGCAAUGGCGCGGCGGUGGCGGCCGUCGCACCUGGUGCUCGUGGCGGGGGCCGCCUACCUCCUCCUCAUCUCGCUCAAGUUCCGCCGCGUGCUCGACCUCGCGACCGCCGACCUGGCCGCCACCGACGCCGCCUUCUCCUCGCCUUCCUCAUCCGACCACCUCCCCCCGCUCCCGGGUUCCUCCUCCUCCUCCACCGGCGGCGGCGCCAACGGCAACGCGACGCUGUUCCAGGUGCAGCCGUUCUGGCACCGGUACGACCGCGUGUCGCUCCCCGACAUCGUCGCACGCAACCGCUCCGCGCUCGAGCGCAUGGCCGACGACGCCUGGGUGCUCGGCCUCACCGCCUGGGAGGACGCCGCGGCCUUCGAGGGGGACCCCUGGGAGCUCGCCGCCGUCGACACCGCCUCCACCGACAAAUGCCCCUCCGCCGUCUCCAUGCGCGCGCGCGGCAGGGUCGUCUUCCUGCCCUGCGGCCUCGCCGCCGGCUCCUCCGUCACCGUCGUCGGCACGCCCAGGGCCGCGCACAAGGAGUACGUGCCGCAGCUGGCCAGGAUGCGUCAGGGGGACGGGACCGUGCUCGUGUCCCAGUUUAUGGUCGAGCUUCAGGGGCUGCGCGCCGUCGACGGCGAGGACCCGCCCAGGAUACUGCACCUCAACCCCAGGUUGAGAGGGGAUUGGAGCCAGCGCCCCAUCAUCGAGCACAAUACCUGCUAUAGGAUGCAGUGGGGCUCCGCGCAGCGCUGCGAUGGUUCACCGCCCGAGGACAACGAGGAUAAGGUUGAUGGGUUCACAAAAUGUGAAAAAUGGAUACGCGAUGAUGUUGUUGACACAAAGGAGUCCAAGACAACUUCAUGGUUGAAGAGGUUCAUAGGGCGUGCAAAGAAACCUGCAAUGACAUGGCCAUUCCCUUUCGUAGAGGACAGGCUAUUUGUUCUUACCAUACAAGCUGGAGUUGAAGGUUUCCAUAUGUAUAUCGGUGGUAGACAUGUGACCUCAUUCCCUUAUCGACCAGGCUUCACUCUUGAAGAUGCAACAGGAUUAUUUGUUAAGGGCGAUGUGGAUGUUCAUUCAGUUUAUGCCACCGCACUUCCUAUGUCUCAUCCCAGUUUUUCACUUCAACAAGUUCUUGAGAUGUCAGAAAAAUGGAGGUCCCGACCACUACCAAAGGAUCCAGUUUUCCUUUUUAUUGGAAUACUUUCUGCUUCUAAUCAUUUUGCGGAGCGAAUGGCUGUUAGAAAAACAUGGAUGCAAAGUUCAGAAAUCCGGUCAUCUAAAGUAGUUGCAAGAUUCUUUGUUGCACUGAAUUCAAGGAAAGAGGUCAAUGUAAUGCUGAAGAGAGAGGCUGAAUACUUUGGAGACAUUGUCAUUUUGCCAUUUAUAGAUCGUUAUGAGUUGGUAGUUCUCAAGACAAUUGCUAUUUGCGAGUAUGGGGCUCAAAAUUUGACUGCUGUACAUAUAAUGAAAUGUGACGAUGAUACAUUUGUGAGGGUAGAUGUGGUUGUCAGACACAUCAAGUUGAACAAUGGUGGCAGACCAUUAUAUAUGGGGAACCUCAACCUCUUGCACAGGCCAUUGAGAACGGGUAAAUGGACAGUUACAACAGAGGAGUGGCCUGAAGACAUCUAUCCACCUUAUGCAAAUGGACCUGGCUAUGUGAUUUCCGGUGACAUAGCAAAAUUCAUCGUGUCUCAGCAUGCCAAUCAGAGUUUAAGGCUCUUCAAGAUGGAGGACGUAAGCAUGGGCCUGUGGGUCGAGAAGUUCAACGCCACGUCUCCUGUCAAGUAUUCUCACAGCUGGAAGUUCUGCCAGUACGGCUGCCUGGAGAACUAUUACACGGCGCACUACCAGUCACCAAGGCAAAUGCUGUGCCUCUGGGACAAGCUGGUCCAGGGCCGAGCAUCCUGCUGCAACUACAGAUAGCGAGACGACCGACGGAUCAGAUUGAUCACUCGGCUUUCGCGUUCCUCCCCCACCUGCCGGUUAUUUUGGUUGGUGGCUGGCUGGUGUUCUCUUUUUUGACACGAAGAAUCACCUGACAGACAGUAGGUUAGCUGCUGCUGCUGCUGCUGCAAUGUUGGCUCGAUUGAGUUCAUCGCAUGGGGGUGAUGUUGGGCUUUUGAAGAUUAGGCAGCUCCAGUCCAUUGGUUCCACGCAUUUGCCUGAUUUGUAUUCGUCAUCUCAUGGUGUCGAUGUCCUUGUUCCUGUAAUUGAUCCCAAUUUUGAUGUAGUAGAUGAUCAGAUCAGGAUAUCCACAGAUAUAUAUGCCUGUUCUUGUAGCCUAGAAUGCUAGAAGCUUUGACAGAAUCCUGAUGAUGCUAAAAAUCAUCGUUUUGUUCCUUUUCUUGUAAAAGACCUCAGUGUCUCACCCUCUUUUCCCCCUCUUGAGUUCCAUAGGUGUACUUCAUCACUGUCAUUGCCAUUCUUGCAUAGCACCUACUCACUGUUGAAGAGGCCUACAUAGUUUUAUUUAUUUUUGUUAAAUCACCCCAUUUUGAAGAUACU